ACUCUGGUCUUCGAUGUCCCGUGUGCGUGAUGCCGCUUAAAUCGCUGUCUUCCAUGGACGUCCAAUCCAUUUGAAGCGGGAGGCCUAGCAGAGAACAAACAAACGACCCACCUCUGAAAUCCGUGAUAUUUUAUAGUUGGCCUCCUUUCUGGAUUAUUCACACUUGCACACACGCACACAGUGUGUUACUAUUGGAUGUGAUAACAUCACGUGACCCGAGACAAAACAGGAUUGCCCUGGAGGAAGGAGCUGGACACGCUUGAGUGUGCACACACAGGAUAGAAUUGCAUAUGGUGCACUUUACUCAAGAGUGUACAACAACACUUAACUCUGUGUCUGCCAUUGACGGCGCUAGCUGUCCAAUCAAUUCCGAACCGGAGAGGCGAACAAAGUUUAUUGGCCCCAAACGAAUUAGACGUCUAGCUUCGUCCAUGGCACUGAAACAUGAUCACUCAAUGUCAGUCAUCCCAUUUUCACCCUUCAUGGGUCGCUAUGAAUUUAAAAGUAUCGAAAAUAAUCCCAAAUCAACAGGAAGUAACCCAAAAUUUUCUAUAAAUCAACAGAAAGUGACCAAAAAAAACAAGAAGUCAUCCUGAGAGAUGAGCAUUAAACGCCACUCCUGGCAGUUUAGAGGAAUUGGGCGCCCAUCGGUCUAAAUGGCAGGCAAUGAGUACCCAACUUUCUUGUUCAUUUAUGUGUCACUUUUUGUUGAUUUUCGGGUCACCCCCUUGUUCACUGGUCACUUCCUGUUGAUUUUGGAGCAAUCCUGAUUUCCUGAUUUGUGUAGUUUUUGAUGAAAGCAGAUUAUCUUUGAUUAACACACUGACACAUUGACAGUGAUAGAGAUCCAAUUCAUUUGAAGUAGGGGAGUUUGGCAGCGAAUGAAUGAACAUUCUGUUGCUGCCAACCCUCCCACUUCAAAUUGAUUGGACGUAUAUCAAGGACAAACUCAUUUGAAUUCACGGCGGCAUUUGAUUCUGGGUCACUUCUGGCGUGAUUGGACGUCUAUCAUGGUCAGUGGCACUGAAAAUGAGACAUUAAAAAAAGUUAAUAAAAUAUUUUUUAACAAACUUUGUCAUGUUUCUGCGCACAGUGCUCAAAAAAUGACUCUGUUGUUCAGUUAAUUUGUGCUGCGUCAUAACAACGUUACAAGGAUACGUUCCACAUUUCAGUGGACCAAGCUGGUUGUGACUCUUCCAAUAUGGCCGCCGCCCUGACGUAUCCGAUGUGACGUACUUCCGAUCUAGUCUUUUACGGUUCACUUCCUGUUUCGUAUACUACAGCGGGAAAAUGGACGCACGCAAACCCUGGAACGCUUUCUAUGACAGAAAAAUCAACAGCUUUAACGGGAAGAACAAUUUUAACAUUCCCAGGAAGACGGGUGGCUCAAACCAGCCUUAUAGUGAGCAUUAUAACGAUUAUUACAGCGAAGAGUACAGCGAAGCGUACGGAGAGUACUCUGCCCCACUCGGCAGCGGAGUGAGUCGUCGACAAAGUGACGUUAGCUACCAGGGCUAUCCCAAACAGCCCGCCGUCCAACCUCGAGCGCCAUGGAAACAAAAACCCACGGGAUGUAUUUGUUGUUGCCCGGCACACGAAGGACGCAUGUGCGCCACACUAGCCGCCGCCUUGCCAGGUCUGAUGGGCGGCGCCAGAGGACAAAGCGGCACGAUGACCAAACCUUUCUUCCAGUUUCCUGUCGGCAACAACAGCACGGCAGCACCUUUUUUACCGAACUUUAACACGACGGACCCGGUGCAGAAAGCGGUGAUCAAACACACGUUCGGCGGCAGGGCGGCCAGGGACGGAAAGAGGAAGCGGCCCAUCAGGUGUGACGUCUGCAAAAUCAUCUUCAACUCGGACUCACAGGCGCAGGCGCACUACCAAGGCAGCCGACACGCUAAGAAACUGAAGAACCAAGAGCUGGAGCCCCUGGUCAAGAUGGCAGCCAAGGGCUCUGGUCCCGCCCCUCCGGCGGCACUCGGCCCCGCCCCACCGACGGCAUCCGGCGCCGCUCCUCUGACAGCAAACGUCACCAGUCCCAAAACGGUGGCAGGAGCCCUGCCCACUCUGGACCAGGAGGCAGAGCAGGCCAGGAAGCUGCUGUACUGUUCGCUCUGCAAAGUGUCCGUCAACUCGCUCAUGCAGUUGGACGCCCACAACUCAGGUGGCAAGCACAAGACCAUGUUGGACGCCCGUAGCGGUUCGGGUUUCAUCAAGGCCUUCCCGCGAGCCGGCGUGAAGGUCAAGGCCGAAGGGGGCGCCAUCGCUGCCGCCGCUGUCGCCGCCGCCCCGGCGGCGCCGAUCCCGAAGGGUUCCGGCCUCCAGAACAAAACCUUCCAGUGUCAAACGUGCAACAUCCACGUCAACUCUGAGAUUCAACUCAAGCAGCACAUUUCCAGCAGGAGGCACAAAGACCGUGCGGCAGGGAAGCCCACCAAGCCCAAGUUUACCAAAAACCAGCAAGCGGAGGUGACCGCUGACGGGUCUUCGCUCGGCUCCUCCCCCGACUUCCGCCCCGCGCCCGGACCGAUCCGAACGAGCCGGGACGCCGCCCUCUUCUCGCCCUACUGAAACGAGGGACGCCGGGGAAAAGACUCGCGACAGGUAGCGGACGACGUGAACGUCGGCGGCUACCCGAUACCCGUCCCGUUAGUGUCGUUAGCUCGCGGCUCCUGAUAGCAUUGUGAAAUUAUCUGGAGCAAAAAUAGCCUCUGGUCCGUUUGCGAUGGUGUCAUGUGGCCGAUAUGAGCUGUUAGCUCACAGCGGAUGUUUUGGUUGAUGACUCAAUCACAACGAAUAAGACCUUGGUAAUUUUUUUUUUUUUUAAUUGUCUUCAUCCUUUUAUCCUCUAAUAACGAGUCAUAGACAUUUGGCGUUGGCUAAUUUUGAGUGGAUGUCUGGUCAAUCGACACGUUUUGUUGAACUCGUUGGCUGCUGUUGAUAGGUGAAGCAGAGUCCCUUUACAAUGAGACCUUUUUAUACUUGGCACACAUAUUAGCAUCGAGAGCACCGAAACUAAGGAAAGGCUCUUGUUCUCCUGGCUAAAAUAUUCCUGCGUAAAUGAACAUUGGCCGGCCGCAGUUGACAUCUACGGCCUUCGACGGCGGCGGCGUUUCCGCCGAAGCGGUCUCGCCGACGUCCGUUGUGGCGAUACCGCCGGUCACGGAAGCUCCUCGGCCACUUGUGAUGAUGUCAUCCAGAUGCAAAACUGUCAAGUCAUUAAAGAUUGUUUUUGUGAAAUGUGGUCGACUUUUGCAUUUCUACGCAUCGUACAUGCAUACAUCCAAUGACGCUGGUAAGUAAGCUACUUCUGUUGGCGGGUCUGAACGGAAGUGAAAAGACCACGCACCUCUCUGCACACACUCUUUUGAGGGGGACAGAUUAUUCAUUCAUCAAAAGCCUUACUAU